UAGCGUACGCUUGUUAAAAAAAAAGUCUCGCGAGAUUGAACCGAGAAAUUACGUGGUUUCAGGUCAAAUAUCUUCCGGAUAAUAUUCCGACUUCCUGAUCGUAAAGUUUGUCGGUUUAUUGUUAAAAGAUGGAGUAGUUUCCCUGAUGAAAAACUGACUUCAGUGGAGCUUAAAUAUGGGUCAGUGUUUUAGUAAACCAAGUGAAAAGAAGGCCCCACCUCCGGCAACUGAAGUCAAUGGACCCGGGGUAGUUUCUCCUCAGGACAUCAAUGUCGGAAUCAACAGUCCAGUCCGGCCCCUCCCCCCACCUCCAGCCAAGUCAGAUAAGUCCCACAUUGUCCGAGCUUUAUAUGACUUUGAUGCCAUCAACGAAGAUGAUUUGUCUUUCAAAAAAGGAGACCGGAUGGAAGUGGAGGAGUCCAGUCAGAACUGUGAUUGGUGGAUGGCUCGUCACUUGGCCUCAGGACUUACCGGAUACAUUCCCAGCAACUACAUAUCGAAAGACGACGACACCCCCCAAACUCAAGACUGGUGGUAUAAUGUUGACCGCAAAGAAUCUGACAAACAGCUGAUGUUGCCAGGGAACAAAGUGGGAACAUUCCUGGUCCGCGAGGCCGCUGACAAAGCUUCCUAUGUACUGUCUAUACGUGAUCAUGAUCCUAAGACGAAUGACGCAUGUGUAAAACACUACAGGAUAAGGAAGAUGGAUAAUGGAGGGUUUUAUAUCAGUCCCCGCAGAACAUUCCCCAGCAUGAUCAAACUGAUCGACCACUAUCAGAAUGUAGGGGACGGAUUAUGCUGUCAGUUAACAGAGCCUUGCCCCAAGGUUCGGCCCACUGUACAGUUCCGUGAGCUUGAGGUGGCUCGCGAGUCUGUCAAACUAAUGAAGAAGCUUGGAAGUGGAUGCUUUGGAGAUGUACAUGCUGGUAAAUGGAGAAACACGGUGGAUGUGGCUGUCAAAACAUUAAAGCCCGGUGCUAUGACAGCCGAGGACUUCUUAGGAGAAGCUAAGCUCAUGCACAAACUACGGCAUCGUAAGCUGGUACAACUGUUGGCAGUGUGUACGACGAGCGAGCCCAUCCUGAUCAUCACGGAGCUUAUGAUUCACGGAGCUCUGCUGGACUACUUACGGAAAGACGAAGGCAGAACUCUCAAGUUUGUCGUACUAGUAGACAUGGCUUCACAGAUUGCCGAUGGAAUGGCCUAUCUAGAGAAUGAAAACUUUGUGCACAGAGACUUGAGGGCUGCUAACAUCCUGGUGGGAGAAAACAAUGAUGUGAAGGUGGCCGACUUUGGACUGGCUCGACUGAUCCAAGAGGACAUAUAUGAGGCCCAUGAACACACGAAAUUUCCCAUCAAAUGGACUUCUCCAGAGGCUGCAUUUGACCGUAAAUUCAGCAUCAAGUCUGACGUCUGGUCCUUUGGUGUACUGUUGUAUGAACUGAUUACAUUUGGAAGAGUCCCAUAUCCAGGAAUGAAUGGACAUGAAGUGCUCAGUAAGGUAGAGAAAGGCUACAGAAUGCCGAAACCUACCGGCGGAAUUAUCCCGUGCCCUGAUCCAUACUAUGACAUCAUGCUGCAGUGUUGGAAGAGAAAUGCAGACUCCAGACCAACAUUUGAAUAUCUACGCGACUUCUUUGACAACUACUUUGUGAGCUCUGAAGGACAGUAUUCAGGAGAGCCUAUGGGUUGAGAAGUGAACAACAUUCCUUUUACAUUUCCACUUAUUCAGCUAGGGUAGAGGAUGCAGAAACAUUCCAGUUUUUUAGGGAUUUUUUUAAAGGGGGGGGUGUUAAAUUAAUUUUGUCAUGGUUUUAGUUUUGAUCACUUA